GGGUCCUUCGGCGGCAACUGGUGCAACAUGUGUUGGAUAGUUCCAGAAUAAGCUUCGCAAUUGAAUUGUGCUUGUCCUGAGCACACUAUCUGGACGCUUAACGAAGCCCUAACACUGAAAUUCGUGAGAAUUUCCACCGGUUAUAGUUUUUGUUCUUCAUUUAUCACCGUGCACAAGUUUUAGUUUAGCUAAACGUCAGCCGAGCUGUCAAAAUGUUGAGCGUCGCCAGAACUGUUUCAAGGUCUCUCCAGACAAGUAAUUGUCCGAGGAAUGUGUCUUAUUUGGUUAAAAAGGCAUGUUGGAGUGGCUUCCAACCUGGUGUUGUCAGAGGUCUGUCCAGGAGAGACUAUGCGUCCGAAGCCAUCAAGGGUGUCGUCAUUGGCAUUGACCUCGGAACUACCAAUUCAUGUGUUGCAGUAAUGGAAGGAAAACACGCUAAGGUGUUAGAGAAUGCAGAGGGAGCCAGAACAACGCCCUCCGUCGUUGCUUUUACAGCAGAUGGUGAGCGCCUAGUGGGCAUGCCUGCUAAACGCCAGGCCGUAACCAACCCUCAGAACACAUUGUAUGCCACCAAGAGACUAAUUGGACGUCGUUAUGAUGACGCAGAGGUCCAGAAAGACCUGAAGAAUGUGCCCUACAAGAUUGUACGUGCAUCUAACGGUGAUGCCUGGGUAGAGGCCCAUGGAAAGAUGUAUUCCCCCAGCCAGGCUGGAGCUUUUGUUCUUAUGAAGAUGAAGGAGACUGCUGAGAACUUCCUGGGAACCAAAGUUAAGAAUGCUGUUAUCACUGUACCGGCCUACUUCAACGAUUCUCAGAGACAGGCCACCAAAGACGCUGGUCAGAUCUCUGGCCUGAAUGUUCUGCGUGUAAUCAACGAGCCAACAGCUGCAGCGCUUGCCUAUGGACUAGACAAAACACAAGAUAAAAUUAUUGCUGUGUAUGAUCUUGGUGGAGGUACAUUUGAUAUCUCAGUCCUGGAGAUCCAGAAAGGUGUUUUUGAGGUAAAGUCCACCAAUGGUGACACAUUCCUGGGAGGAGAAGACUUUGAUCAGCAUCUCCUCCAACACAUUGUCAAGGAGUUCAAGAGAGAGUCUGGUGUGGAUCUGACAAAAGACAACAUGGCUCUGCAGAGAGUCAGAGAAGCUGCUGAGAAGGCAAAGUGUGAGCUGUCCUCUUCACUGCAGACUGACAUUAAUCUACCCUACCUGACCAUGGAUGCCUCUGGGCCCAAGCAUCUUAACAUGAAGCUAACUCGUGCUCAGUUUGAGGGCAUUGUGGCCGACUUGAUCCGCCGCACUGUGGCUCCCUGUCAGAAAGCAAUGCAGGAUGCAGAGGUGUCCAAGGCAGACAUAGGGGAAGUGCUCCUUGUUGGAGGCAUGACUCGCAUGCCAAAGGUUCAACAAACGGUUCAGGACCUCUUUGGUCGAGCUCCGAGCAAGUCAGUCAAUCCCGAUGAAGCAGUUGCCAUAGGAGCAGCCAUUCAGGGCGGUGUGUUGGCUGGUGAUGUCACAGACGUGCUGCUGUUGGACGUAACACCGCUGUCACUUGGUAUCGAGACUCUGGGUGGAGUUUUCACCAAACUAAUCAACAGGAACACUACGAUUCCGACCAAGAAGAGCCAGGUCUUCUCAACAGCAGCUGACGGACAAACGCAGGUGGAGAUCAAGGUCUGUCAGGGUGAAAGAGAGAUGGCAGCCGACAACAAAGUGUUGGGUCAGUUCACUCUGGUGGGAAUCCCCCCUGCUCCCCGUGGCGUUCCUCAAGUUGAGGUCACCUUUGACAUUGACGCCAAUGGCAUAGUCCAUGUCUCUGCCAAAGACAAAGGCACAGGCCGCGAACAGCAGAUUGUGAUCCAGUCAUCAGGAGGGCUCAGUAAAGAUGACAUUGAAAACAUGAUCAAGAAUGCUGAGAAGUAUGCAGAAGAAGACAGGAGGAGAAAGGAUCGUGUGGAGGCUGUCAACAUGGCUGAAGGUAUAAUCCAUGACACAGAAUCUAAAAUGGAGGAGUUCAAGGAUCAGCUUCCAGCUGAUGAGUGCACCAAGCUGAAGGAGGAGAUCUCAAAAGUCCAAAGUCUUUUGGCCAACAAAGAUUCUGAGACAGGGGAGAACAUCAAACAAGCGGCCACUAACCUGCAGCAGGCGUCCCUCAAACUCUUUGAAAUGGCCUACAAGAAGAUGGCAGCAGAGCGGGACAGUGGCAGCAGCUCAAACCCGACAGAGGGAGAGAAGAAGGAAGGCCAACAGUAGAUUUUUGCACUUGGUUGUUUAAUGAUAGUGGAGGACUUAGGGUUGAGGAGGGUAUCAGUCUUGAGCCGAAUCUUAGUCAUUCUCUACCACAAUAUAUUAUUCUACUGUGUAUAUAGUAUAAAGUAUUCUACUACUAGGGUUUUGGCAGUACAAUACUCUAGCAAAUACUUAAAUGUUGCUGUACGGAUCAUCUUGACCCGUGAUCCUGAUCCUGUCUGUAAUUUAAUUGUCCAAAACCUGUCUUGUUUAUUUUUUACAAAGUUGUUGAUUUACAUUCUAAGGUAGUAAAAGUCUUUUUGUCCAGAA